ACAGAAUAGAAAUUACUCAUCUAAUCUGUGGUUGUACAGUGUACUUGUUUAUAUUUUUCGGUUUUCCUGCUGUAAAUUGUGUUUCCACGAGCUUUGCAUUGUUUCAUAUAAAGUUUUUGAUUUAUUGACCUCAGAAGUGAUAUUUUAUCAUUAUAAAUUUAAAGAUACUUCAAUUAAACUUGUUAACAGAAUCAUUUUUAAAGAGAGGUUAAAUAAUAUUAUACUGUAAGCACAUCUCCGAUCUACAUCUCCUAUCUAUAUAACGGCGUUCGAAGAUUGUAGUGUAACUCACAUUAUAAUUUAUAACAAAUGAUGAAGCUAGUGGAUCCGGUAGUGAGAAGUUUUAAGGUGGCCAAAGUGUUUCGAGAAAAUACAGAUAAAAUAAAUAGUAUAGAUUUUUCUCCAAGCGGCGAAACACUCAUAUCAUGCAGCGAGGAUGAUCAGAUUGUUAUAUAUGAUUGCGAAAAAGGAACACAAAUGAUUACCGUAAAUAGCAAAAAGUAUGGUGUGGAUUUAAUACAUUUUACACAUGCAAAAAAUACUGCAAUACAUAGCUCAACUAAAGUUGAUGAUACUAUUCGAUAUUUAUCAUUGCAUGAUAAUAAAUAUAUAAGAUACUUUCCCGGGCAUACCAAGAAAGUUGUAACUUUAUGUUUAUCACCAGUAGAAGACACUUUCCUCUCCGGUUCCUUAGACAAAACUUUGAGACUAUGGGAUUUAAGAUCACCGAAUUGUCAAGGAUUGAUGCACUUGUCAGGAAGACCCGUAGCUGCCUAUGAUCCAGAAGGACUUAUAUUUGCAGCUGGUGUAAACUCAGAAAGCAUAAAAUUGUAUGAUGUAAGAUCGUUUGACAAAGGGCCUUUUGUUACAUUCAAAUUAAAUCAAGAAAAAGAAUGCGAUUGGACGGGACUAAAAUUUUCAAGAGAUGGGAAAACAAUGUUAAUUAGUACAAAUGGAUCCAUCAUUCGUUUGGUCGAUGCUUACCAUGGCACACCCUUGCAAACAUUCACUGGCCAUCUCAAUAAUAAGGGUAUACCUAUUGAAGCCUCGUUUAGUCCAGAUUCACAAUAUAUUUUUAGUGGGUCAACUGAUGGUCGGGUUCAUGUGUGGAAUGCUGAUACCGGUUAUAAAGUGUGUGUUUUAAAUGGAGAUCAUCCGGCUCCAAUACAGUGCGUUCAAUUCAAUCCAAAAUAUAUGUUGUUGGCUUCAGCAUGUACAAACAUGGCAUUUUGGCUCCCUACAAUUGAUGAUGUGUAGUAUAUGGAAACAUAUUAAUAAGAAAAUUUAUGCGACCCAGUGAAAAUGUUGGUAACAUAUUAUUCAUCUUUAAAAAAACAUUAAAAUCAGUAUAAAGUAAUUUUACUGUAACUUCUACAAAACUACUUUGUGGCAGUAAGCAGCAUGAUCUUGUGGAAUACAAUAUUUUUUAUGAA